UUCAUAUGGCGCGAUUAAGUGUUUUACUAUUUUUAUGAAUUUAUUUGAAUGAAAGCUGUCCUAAAAUGUUUUCGCACCGUGAUUACUGCACACAGAUGCUACUGCGCUAAGCCCGGCCAGGAGAUGAAGUUCCUCAAUGUGGCGGAGAAGAACGACGCCGCCAAGACAAUUGCCGGUUUGUUGUCCAAUGGCGCAGCACGCAGGCGCGAGGGCUACUCGGUGUACAACAAGGUCUUCGACUUCGAGGCUCCGGUACGUGGUCAGAAUGCCAAAAUGGUAAUGACCUCCGUAUCCGGCCACCUGAUGCAGCUGGAGUUCAUGGUGUCCUAUAAAAACUGGCGAGUGGUGGAUCCGCGCUCCCUGUUCGAUGCCCCGAUAAAGAAGUCCGUGGGCCCGGACUAUGAGCCCAUCAAAAGGACUUUGGAGCGCGAGGUGCGCGGCUGCCAGGGAUUGAUUGUCUGGACGGAUUGCGAUCGCGAGGGCGAGAACAUUGGCUACGAGAUAAUCAAUGUAUGUAAGGCUAUCAAACCGAAUCUUACGGUUUACCGUGCCACAUUUUCGGAGAUUACCACCAUUGCGGUUCGGCGGGCUCUGCAGCAGUUGGGUCAGCCGGACAAAAGGCAGAGCGAUGCGGUGGAUGUGCGCUCGGAACUGGAUCUAAGGACAGGGGCUGCCAUUACCCGGUUCCAGACCAUGCGCCUGCAGCGGCUUUUCCCUGAGAAAAUCGCCAACAAGCUCAUAUCGUAUGGAAGUUGUCAAAUUCCCACUCUUGGAUUUGUCGCCGAGCGGUACAAGGAGGUUGAGGCGUUUGUAUCCGAGCCCUUUUGGAAGAUUAAAGUCCUGCACACCAUUGAUGACUUGACGGUGGAGUUUAAUUGGGCACGAAAUCGUCUCUUCGACAAGGAAGCCUGCGAAAACUACCUGCUACUCUGCCUGGCCGAGCCAGCUCCUCGAGCGCUCGUCGAAAGCGUUACUGUCAAGCCCAAACACAAAUGGCGACCCACUCCGCUGGAUACGGUAGAAAUGGAAAAGCUCGGCUCAAGGAAACUCAAGUUGUCGGCCAAGGAGACCAUGACCAUAGCAGAGAAAUUGUAUAGCAAGGGUUUCAUUAGCUAUCCCCGCACGGAAACCAACCAGUUCUCCAAGGAGUUCGCUCUGGCGCCGCUAGUUGAGAUGCAAACAGGUCACCGCGACUGGGGAGCAUUUGCCGAGCGGGUAGUCGAGUGGGGCCCAAAUCCUCGCAACGGCAACAAGUCGGAUCAGGCGCAUCCUCCCAUACAUCCCACCAAAAUGGCGGAAAAUUUGCAGGGAAACGAGGCUCGGGUAUACGAACUGGUGGUGCGACACUUCCUUGCCUGCGUCAGCAAAGAUGCCGUCGGCUCUGAAACGCUCGUUCACAUUGACAUUGCCGGGGAGAAGUUCACGGCGAAUGGUCUGGUUAUUCACGAACGCAACUACCUGGACGUUUAUGUCUACGACAAGUGGAGUGCCAAGCAGAUUCACCACUAUGAAAACGGCCAGCGCUUUGAGCCCACGGAGGUGUCGUUGCACGAAGGAGCCACCACUGCUCCGCCUCUGCUGACCGAAGCGGAUCUGAUUGCACUAAUGGAAAAGCACGGUAUUGGCACGGAUGCCACGCAUGCUGAGCACAUAAAUACGAUUAAGGAGCGUGGCUAUAUUGGAGUGCUCGACAAGGGCUUCUUGGUACCAGGAGUUAUAGGAAUGGGUCUCUACGAGGGAUACGAUGCAAUGGAACUGGCUCUGGCCAAGCCCCAGCUGCGUGCAGAGUUUGAAUCGGAUCUGAAACUUAUUUGCCAGGGGCAAAAGGAUCCCAAAGUGGUUUUGAGCGAACAGAUAGCCAAGUACAAGCAAUCCUACCAGCAAAUUACCGACAAGAUCACAGCCAUGGAUGCCAAGAUAGCUGCUCGAAUCAAUGAGACGCCAGCGGCCAAUACUUCGGGUCAGGAAGGAUCCGAUCAGACUCAACCCACUAUGCAAACGCUCUUUCAGUGCCCGAAAUGCAAUCAGGCGCCACUGGCACUGAAGCCCAAGAAGAACCACCAGGGGUGGUACAUUGGUUGCAACAACUUCCCCGACUGCAAAAACGUCGUAUGGAUCCCAACUGAGUGCAAGGACGUUUCCGUGUUGGACGAGUGCUGCCCCACUUGCGGCGAAGGUCACCGGAUGCUUAAGUUCCGUCUGAGCACGCCAUACUAUCGCGGGGUAUUCAAUACGCCCAGCGGCUGGUACAAGUCCUGUCUGCCCUGUGAUAAUCUCUUUCGCACCACGUUCAACAUUAAUUUGGAUUCAGUGAAGAGAGUGGGUGGCAUUGUAGGCGAGGCGAGAGGCGGAGGAUGGGGUCCGGGACCAGGACCAGGAGGAGGAGGUGGCGGCGGCGGCGGCGGCGGAGGCGGAGGAGGAGGUGGUUCCGGAGGAGGAGGUGGUCCUGGAGGAGGAGGUGGUGGUUCAGGAGGAUGGGGCAGUGGACCAGGCGGAGGUGGUUCGGGCGAUGGAGGUAGUAGCUCUGGAGGUGCUCGUAAAAAUCCUCCAAAAGGAAAAGGAACUAAAACUGACACCGGUCCUAAGAAACCAGUAACCAAAAAACCUCCAAGCGAACCAAAGCCGAAAAAGGCGCCGAAGACCACUGUCAAUAAAAAAAAUCCAAGCAUUAAAUCGUCUGGCGGCAUACGCAGCUACUUUACCAGUUCCGCCACUUCGAAUUCUCCCACAAACGAACUAGAUGGAUUCUUCGAUAGUAACGAUGGCUUCGAGGAUGCCAUGUUGGCUGCUGCUGACUCCGUGGAAUCGGGUACAAGCCAAUCACAAACCUCUAACUUGGUUCCAUUGGAUGACGACAUAGCCGCCGCCUUUGCCGCGGACGACGAUGCUGAAUUUGAGGCGUUGGUGAACGGAGGAAAUGUGCAGGAUUCCCAGCUGGAUAAGAGCCUCUCGACAUGGGUACAGGAACAGGACGAGGCAGAUGACAGGCCCAUGCUUUGGGGAAGUCGUGAGAGGGCCUCUUACGGUACUGCUGCUCCCACUCCUCCCCCCAAACCGGCAGCUAAACGGCCAAGGUGGGAUAGUGCCGAAUGGGAUGCUCCACCCCCACCGGCUACCGAACCGGAAGCAGUACUUUGCACCGGGUGCCAGCAGCCAGCUCGUCAAAACACCGUUCGUAAGGAUGGACCCAACCAGGGCAGGUUGUUCUACAAGUGUCCCAAUCCAGAUGCGUGCAACUUCUUUCAGUGGGCUGAUGAGCCAGCUUCAUCAUCCAGGAGCAACAAUGCCUUUGACAGUACCGCUCGGAGCACAACCAGUGCUUCCUCUUGGGGCACCAACCGAGUGGUCACACUACCUAGUAAUCACCAGAGCAGCUCCCAGUUUGGCCAAUCAUCUAUGCGAUCCAACUCUAGCAGCACUGUCACCAUUACACAAACGAAAACGAAAAGGCAGGAGUGGAAUACGACGACCACGUCUCCAGGCGAUGGGGAGCAGGUAAUGUGCAACUGCGGGCAAGUGGCCAGUAGCCUGACAGUCCGGAAGGAUGGGCCCAACCAGGGUAGGCCCUUUUUCUCGUGCCCUACGCGGGAGAAGUCCUGCGGUUUCUUUAAAUGGGGAGAUGAGGACCAAAACCAAGGUGCUAGCAGUAGUUCUAGUUCCGCUUGGGGAUCGUCUAACCGUAAUCCUCCUGGACGUAGUCAACCUAACACUUCCACAUCGGAUGGUCCGAAAGCACGUCGCUGUGGACUUUGUCGGAAGGAAGGACACACACGAAACAAGUGUCCGCGCAAGAAUGACUUUGAUAUGUAAUUAACACACUGCCACAUAACAGAUAAGUAAAAAAAACAUUUGGAUAUGUAUUUUCUUGUACAUUGUGUAUAAAGUGAAUAAAUAAGUAAGUUAUUCUUUUUUAAUUAAAA